CUUGGAAGGAAAUACAGGGCAGGCUAGAUUCUAAAAUAAUUUAUGCACUUCGUUACUGGAGCUUAAGACUUUCGUUUGUUAACCUUGUGCUAAAUACAUAAAAAUAUGGAAAACUACUGGAGCUUAAAUUCUUCAAAGUGUGGUCAAAAGGAGAAGAGUCCAAGUCUGAACACCUCACUAAUGGAUAUGAACAGCUUGCCACAAGCGGUAUUCUUGUGUGUCCUUUCGUAUUUGGAUGUGAAAGACUUGGGUCGAGUGUCCUGUGUUUCCAAACAUUGGUAUAAUUCAGCUCUUGAUCCGAGUCUAUGGAGAAAACUGAAACUUUCGAAAAGGCAAAAGGUGGACGAUGAAGUUCUUGUUCGAGUGACAAACUAUGGAUCGAGUGCUACUGGAGGUGUUUUAGAUGUUUCAGAAUGUGCGAACAUUACUGAAGAGGGUUUGAUUAAGGCUCUACAGCAGUGUCGGUUUUUAGUCGAGUUAUCUGUUGUAAGAUGCCCAGCUGUGACUGACAAUUGUCUCACUGAAAUUGGACAAAGUUGUCAAAACAUGAAAUUUGUGGACAUAAGUUUGUGCCGUGUGACCGACUGUGGAGUCAAAGGGCUUUGUCAAGGUUGUGUUAAAUUAGAAAAACUCACAAUGGACCAGUGCCACUCUCUUACUUGUGAAAGCCUUUUUGCUGUUGCACAAAAUUGUCCAAAAAUUAAAAGCAUCUCUGUAGAGUACAACAGUAAAUGCAAAGAUGCUGGGGUAUGUGAACUUGUUCAAAGAUGUCCGCUGCUUGAAAGACUUCAUCUCAACUCCUGUACAAUUACUUCACAGGCAGCACUCCAUAUUUCACAGUACUGUAGGAAUAUGUCUGUUUUGGAUCUCCGUUAUUGUUCGAGUCUCACUGAUGAUAUGGUGUUGGAAGUAGUGUUUGGAUGCAAAUAUCUUGAUAUCCUAAACUUAAGUCUGUGCUCUCAUGUGACAGAUGUAUCCUUGGAGCAUAUUCUUUCUAACUGUGCUACUUUAAGGGGAUUGUACCUGGUCCACUGCAAAAUUACUGAUGAUGGAUUGGAGGCCUUCUCUCGUCACCUUUCUAACCUGGAGAGAUUGGACAUCAGUUGGUGUAAAGAAGUGACAGAUGAAGGAGUCAAAACUGUCCUAAAAGGAUGUCCUCACCUUAAACAUUUAGGACUUGUCAGAUGUGAUCAAGUUAAUGAGCAGACAGUUAUGCAACUGAGUCAACAGUAUCCCCGUGUCUUCCUCAGUACUGUCAUGACAGAGAUGAAUCGCAUGUGUGAGAAAGCAGGCUUCCCUGACCUUUUAAAACAGUGAAAACUUUUGCGGGAAGACUUAGACAUUAGGUGAAUCACUCACUGGAAAGAAAACUUUGGAAUGAUCUGGUUCCUCUACCGUAUGGAUGGUCUAUUUCUUUCUCAUUUCAGUGACUUAAAGCCAUGUUUUUAACACAAGCAUGGAUAGCAAGGUAUACAUGCAACAAAUUUAUUCAUGAAAAUUCCCAAGGUCAUAUAAGGGGACGUAUUGCAGCAACUCUUCCCUGGGACAUUUGUCAUAUAAGAACCAUUCAUCAAGUAUAGAAGAGGUUGACUGAUAAGACCCAUCAGAAAGCAAAACAUAACCUCUAAACCCUCCUAAGGAUUAGAAAAAAAAGUUGUGACUUCUCCAAAAGUAUAUUUUUAAAAAAGACAGCCCCCACCCUCAAACAACAGGCAUACACCUUAGAUACUUAUUUACUAAACAAUCUGAAAAUCUAUAUACCAGUAAAAAGAUACUUAAUGCAAGUUAAUGUAAUUAUUAAGUGUUUGUAAGUCUGUAUCACUAGGUUUGUUUUAAAGUGAAGUCCUCGGAGAGCAAAGCCAACGAGGACCAGUUAUUAAAGUUACCUCCCCAAUCCUGUUUGA